AUGGUGUGGUGGUCGGAUCCUGGCAAGGAGGUCUUGAAUAUCUUAUUCAACCGCGUCCUUGCCCCUUAUGUCGAGAACCUGGACAUGAAUCAGGUGAACUACGGGAUUGGUCAAGGCCGAUUGACAUUGACCAAUCUACGGCUCAAGAAGGGCGCUCUUGACAAAUUCAGUCUCCCAGUCGAUGUUAUCGAGGGUCAUCUUGGGAAGUUCACACUUUCCCUUCACUGGAUGAACCUUGGGAACCAGCCUGUGGAGGUAUUGGUUGAGGAUGUGUAUUUGCUCGUGGUUUCGUCAUCUCAGUCAAAAUACGAUCCUGAAGAGGAUGAGCAAAGGAAGCAGGCAACCAAGGAGGAGCGUUUGCAAAAUGCGGAGUUGCUUCAUGUGCGAGGUACAUCUGAUGUGUCUCAAGACUCUCAACAGUCUGAGGGACUAGUAGCUUCAUUGACCACGAAGAUUAUCAACAAUCUUCAAGUGACAGUCCGAAACAUUCACGUCCGCUACGAGGACCAGCUCAGUGUACCCGGUCAUCCGUUCGCGGCCGGUAUUACGUUGGCUGGUUUCACUGCCCAGUCUGUGAAUGAGAAAUGGGAACCUGCCUUCAUCGACAGCAAGGCCGGCGCGAUCCACAAGUUGGGGAAGCUCGAAUCCUUGUCAAUAUACUUUGACACCGAUACAAGCAGUAUGGCAGAACUUUCACAUGCCGAAUUUGUAGAACAGUUUGCUGCAUUAAUAUCCAAGGACAACAAUCUCCCUAUUCAUCAGUUCAUCCUCAAGCCCGUUACUGGAGAAGGAAGGAUCAUUAUGAACCACAAGUUGGACAAUGAAACGCCUCGGUUUGAUGUCCAACUUCUGUUUGAUGAAAUCGGCGUUCUGUUGGAUGAUAACCAAUAUCGAGAUGCAAUUUCCCUUCUUGACAUGUACCAUUUUUAUAUGCGGCAGCAUCAGUACCAAAAAUAUCGACCUUCUGCGGAGGAGUUGGAGCGGAACCGACCUCAAGCCUUACUCCGUUUUGCAGCAACUGCGAUCUUGGACGAGGUUCGUGAACGUAGGCGGAAAUGGACCUGGGCAUACUUUGCCGAACGACGUGACGAGAGGCACAGAUACGUCGAUCUCUUCAAGAAGAAACAGUUGAAUCCUCUGGUAGACACGGAACGUUCGAUGCUCGAGGCGCUAGAGACAAAGUUGUCGUACGAGGAUAUUCGUUUCUACCGUUCCAUCGCGCGAUCACAACUCCGGAAAGAUAUGGCCACGCGCAAGCGAUUGGAGGAAGAGAGGAAGAAGCAACAGCCUGAGACACGUAGUACCUGGACUAGCUGGAUAUGGGGAUCUUCCGAGACGACCAGCUCAACUGCAGACGAAUCAGUGUUUUCGGGAGAUAUGACGGAUCAGCAGCGCAAAGAGCUAUAUGAAGCCCUCGACUAUAACGAAAAGGAGGCCUUGGCAGAAUCUUUUGAAACACCUCAAGACGCGUUGAAGGCCCGUGUCGUGGCACAGUUGAACCGAGGUUCUCUUGCGCUGAAGACGGAUCCGCAUGGCAGGAACAAGGAGAUCCUGUCGGUUGUUUCCGAUGUGUUUCAGGCUACUUUUAUCCAAAGGCCGGAUAACUUCGAGACCUCCAUUACACUUGGCGGAUUUGAGGUUCAUGACGGGACGACUUCCAGAACGUUAUAUCCCGAGGUUGUCCACGUUCAGGAAAGCAGGAACGGCGGCGACAUCGUUAAGACGCAGCCGGUCGGAAACGAUACAAUAUCAGAUGUGGUCGAUCCUUUCUUCUACGUGAAGUUUGAGAACAAUCCUAUGGAUGGACGCGCAGACAAUGCAUUGACAGUGCGACUGCGUUAUAUGGAGAUCAUCUACCACAAAGGGUAUAUUGAGGCGGUGUACAAGUUCUUCAAGCCCCCUUCGAGCCAACUGGAGUCAGUCGAAGCACUUCUGAAUGCAGCUAGCCAAAGUCUUGAAGGUUUUCGAAAAGAGACCAGAGCUGGUCUGGAAUAUGCGCUACAAUCCCACAAGACGAUUGAUGUUCAGAUGGAUCUGAAUGCACCUAUAAUCAUCAUCCCCGAAGAUAUUACGACAAACAACUGCAAGCACCUUGUGAUUGAUGCCGGUCAUAUUUCGAUCGAGAGCGAGCUCGCGAACAAGAAAGCGAUUCAAGAAAUUCGCGCGAAACGCAAGCAACAAUAUACUGAUGAAGAUUACAAACAUCUGGAGUCCAUGAUGUACGACAGACUGACUGUAAAGCUUAAGGAUGCGCAAUUUGUGGUCGGAAAUGACUUGGCUUCGUGCAGACAAGCGCUGAACUCGAAUAGCCAUGAUAAUUUGCACCUGUUGGAACGCAUCAACGUCGAGCUUCAGGUGCAGAACUCCAUGGUGCCGAGUGCUUACAACCUCGCGCGCUUUAAGAUCUCGGGCCAUCUGCCCACUCUGCAAGUAAACAUGUCUGAUACAAAGUACAAGUCUCUCAUGAGGCUGGUUGACGUGUGCAUCCCGAAGUUCGAUGAAGACAAUGCCGAUGCGACUAUCACCCGUCCUGGCACAGCAAUUCAGGGCACAGGAGCAUUCAUAUUACCUGCGGGACUGUUCGGUGCCGCUCAGUCCGAGUACAACAUUGAUGAUCAAGAUGACGAUCAAGAUGAGCAGACGCUUGCCCCUCUUGAUGCACAGGACGACCGGUUCUUUGAAGCAGAGGAGGGAGAUACCGAUAGUUCAGCUCUACAUCAACACAUAGUUGAAUUCACCUUCCACGUGGAUACUUUGCGAGCUUCACUAUACAAGUCCAACAGUGACGGGAGUGAGCGACCUCUGGGAGAUGUGACAUUUGAACGAUUCGCGCUUGCUUUUGAAAUGGCGAAAUUCGUUAUGACGGUAGACGUCAACCUCAGUUCCUUGUCGUUGAACGUCGUCCAGCCUGGCAGGGAACCAAUUCAAUUCAUAUCUUCGGCGGAGCCAAAGGCAGGGGAUUUACUGAUUGUGAAGUAUACCCGCGUUCAGCAAAUUUCUCCGGAGUUCCUAUCACUGUAUGAAGGUAUAGACCAGAACGUUGACAUCAGGAUCACGACCUUCGUCUUCCGGGCUGCACCGGAACCAGUGUUAUCUCUGUACGAAUUCAUCAUGACGACGUUCGUCCCUCAGAGGGCCGAUGUCGUCCUCACGCCACCUCCGAUAGAUGGACUGGAGAUACCCAAUGAAAUUGGCAAAACGGAGGCGCGUACGAGCCGGAGUACAUCUGAGAAGACAAGAGUUGUGCUCAAACUGGCCAGCAUUCAAGUCAUACUCAUCAACAAUGAUGUGAGGAUUGCAACCGUGUCCUUGUCGACGGCCGCUGUUUCUAUAUUCUUGCGUGCCAACACAAUGUGGAUUAACGGCCGUCUAGGUAGCUUGGAUGUUCUCGAUGAUUCUCAGGACCCAGUCACUUCGCCAGCCUUCAAGCAGGUUCUCUCCAUAGAAGGCGACAACUUCGCAGAUUUCCAGUAUCAAACAUUCGAUCCCCAGGACAAAGACACGUAUACGGGCAUCGGGUCGUCUUUUUAUCUCAAUACCGGUUCACUUAAGCUUCUCUAUAUUGAGCAAUCUCUGCACGAUGUGUAUCUGUUCCUUGCAAAACUGGCGAAGAUGAAGGGCUUAUAUGACGCAGCAACUGAGGCUGCUGUUCAAAGGGCAUCCGAGAUCGAGCGGAUGCAGUUCGACAUAUCGAUCAAAACACCGAUCGUAGUAUUUCCUUCCGAUCCUCUAACUUCCCUUGAUGUGCUCACAAUGCGGUUGGGGGAGUUCAGCGCCCGCAACAUCUAUGAAGAUAUGGCCAAUCGUAUAACUGCAAGUCUCAGUGGGAUGCAAUUUACCUCGCAGUUCUACCACGACAAGCAACCAUCUGUACUCAAGAUGAUUGAUGAUAUCGACGUGAACGCGGACAUUCUUAUCAAGAGCGAGCUCGAUCGUUCAAAGGACGUCAAUACCCCAGACACACAGAUCGUGAUCCGUAUAUCAGAUAUCAAGUUACAUUUGACUCAAGUUCAGUAUCAAACGCUCAUUGCGUUAUCACAGUCGAUUCCGAGGGUGCUAGCAGGUGCUCCCGAAGGUUUUGCUCAGGCCAGCGAUUCUUCCAUAUCAAUGAGGUCUCAGGAGAGCCACGUACCCGAUUCCUUCCCGCCAGUGGAUCUUCAGCCUGAAUUGCGCCCUGUACCAUCGCCUGAUGGUGCACACACUUGGACCAGUGCAGAUCUCGUCGUCUCAAUGGACUCUGUGAAGCUGCACCUGUAUGAUGACCACGCGACUACUGAGACCAACAUGAAAACCCGUGGAAUCGCGAGGUUUGCCCUCAGCGACAACACUUUGCGGGCGAAGAUGCUUUCCGACGGCUCAGUCGAAGCUCAGCUGGUAUUGAAGUCGAUGACGACGAGUAAUACGCGCCCAGGAAACUCCAAAUUCCGAGAAAUCAUGCCCGCCGCUCGUCAUGAACGCAAUCAAGUUAUGAUCCUGUAUACGAGAUCCGGCGGCGCAGAUGGAUCUGCCUUGGCCAUUGUCACUGUGGACUGCCCUGAGAUUAUUUUCGCGGUUGAUCCAGUUAUCGCACUUCUCCAAUUUUUCACCAGUGCUUUCCCUCCAACCCCCGCACCAGCAGCAGACGAUCUCGCGGUCGAAGUCGACAUUGCUGAGACAAAUUCCUUACCUCCGGCCUUUGACUUCCGGCUUGAUCUGCACGAUGCCUCUAUCAGUGUGCUAGAAGAUGAUUCGGAUGCAGAGUCGCAGGCAAUCCGCUUGUCAGUUAAGCAGGUGUUACUCUCACAACAGGGCAUCUUUGCGCUAAGCGUCGAUCAUCUUGGCAUGUCUCUCAUGCGCAUGGGCAAACUUUCGGAGAGCGUUCGCUUCAUGGACGACGUGGACCUUACAUUCACUUUGGACAGUCGUUCUAGUGCUUCGCAGCGUACAUCCAACUUGGAAGUCUCGGUCAAACCCAUAGUAUUUCGCGCGUCCUAUCGCGACAUCCUGCUCAUCAGUUCUAUCGCGAAUAAAGCUGUGGAUCUAUAUAACAAGUCCAUUCAGUCUUCUGACGCCGACAACACCGAUACCAUUGAACAGCCGAUUGGUAACAAUUCAAGACGGCCGGAGUUGAAAAUUAGGAAAUCGUCCAGAUUAGCAAGCUCUCAGGUUCGGCCCGUGGGCCGAGCUCGCGUACUGAUCUCGAAGGAACAAUUCAAAGGAUCUUUUGACGGACUACGUCUAGUGGUAAUUGGUGAUUUGCAUGAGCAACCAAUGCUUCAUGUUAGGGUUAAACCAUUCAUUCUUGGUGCGAAAGACUGGUCUGGCGAGAUGCAAGCUACGUCGACGCUGGCUGUUCAUACCAGUUAUUGGAACCUAGCUACUUCACACUGGGAACCUUUGAUCGAUCCCUGGACGUUCACCACAACGAUUGCAAGGGACGCCUCGACUGGUGGAAUGAAGAUGACCCUGUCGGCGCGGGAGCGAUUGGAUAUCAAUGUCACUACCACAUUUGUUGAACUGGUCCUUUCCACAGCGAAAAUGAUGGCACAGGAGGGCGAAAAGGUACUCCGAAGUGCUCGGGGAAGCUACGCGCCGUAUCGUAUCCGGAAUCGCACAGGAUCUGCGAUUUACAUAUGGUCUGAUGUCGAUACUAGUAGCAACGCAAAAGACAGUGUAUCCAAGCAGAUCCCUAACGGUCACAUUGUGGAUUGGAGAUUUGAAGAUUGGAAGACGAUCCGAGAGCACGUUUCGUCGAGCGGACACAAUAGCUUAGGAGUCCAGAUCGUUGGCAAGUCCUGGGAACAAUUGCGCAGCAUCCCAGUCGAUCGCGAAGGAGAAUACACCUUCUCUUUAAGACCUCGAAUAGAGAAGUAUAACCAUCGCCUACUAUGCGAAGUAAAGGUGCAAGACAACGUCAAGCUAGUGACUUUUCGUUCAACGUACAAAGUUGAAAAUGAGACGUUGUACCCGCUCGAGUUGACACUGGUAGACGAUGCUGGACAACCAGUUUAUUCAGUAGAAAAGAUUGCACCAGGCCAAGAUUACGCUCUCCCUAUUGAAGCAGUAAGCCAGUACCGAGUCAGGUUGCAACCAGAUCAGGGUUUCGGUUAUAAGUGGUCACCCGCAAUCCGGUGGGAAGAUCUUCUCGCGAGGCGCAGGUUCACUAUCAGAUGUCCGCAUGCCGACCCGACUGAGGCUGCAUUUCGCUUCCAAGCAUGGGUUGAAACCGAUGUCGGUGAUGUUCAUGCUCGGAAGAUCCCAAAGAUGACUUUGAAGCUGCGGGCGCCCAUCGAAUUAGAGAAUUUACUUCCUUACAACUUGGAAUAUCGCAUCUAUGACAAGGACACUGACCAGAAUUGGCGGAGCUAUCUCCGCAAAGGGGGAAUCAUGCCUGUUCACUCGGUUGAGCUAGGGCACCUCAUUUUACUCAAUGUUCAUGUUCAAGACACUGCAUUCAAACCGAGCGAAUUUGCUAUAAUCAACACCGAUGGCAAUUCUGAUUUCGACAUCGAAAGCCGACUGACUCUGAGAGACUCCUUUGAUCGCAAACUGGACCUGAGAUUGAACUACGUGCGUCAUUCCGACGGUGGAGGGUCAUUCAAGGUGCAGAUAUACUGCCCUUACCUCAUCGUGAACAAAACCGGGCUGCCCUUUGCUGUUAGACCCUCCAGCUCAAACCGAAUGGGCUCGUCGCAAGAUGUCGCAGGAGAAACCAGACUAGAUGUCUUGUCGACCCCGACCCCUUUCAUGUUGUCACGAUCCAGUGACGAGGGCAAAGAGUUCAGUUUUAAGAUCGGCGACUCAAGCUGGUCUCAGGUGGUUAGCCUUGAAGCACCUGCAGCCGAUGCAAGACUAGUUAUUUCGUCUCGAACGCAGAGACUGGAAGAAAUUCACAUUGGUCUUUCGUGGACCGAGGGUCUAGGAAAAUAUAAGCUGACGAAAGUCAUCACUCUGACCCCGAGAUUCAUCAUCAAGAAUAACUUCUCGGAAGCUAUUUCUUUCCGUGAACAUGGUGUUGCGCCGCGAGGCCGCUCAACACUUGAUCCCGACGAACGUUGCCCCUUGCACUUCAUUCGCGCAGGCGAUGAAAAGCUCCUCACUCUUGCACUUCCUGGUUUGAACGCACGAUGGUCCGCUCCAAUAAACAUCGAAGAUAUAGGCACUGUCCAUUUCCGUCUUCAAGGAAUAAGUGACCACCCGGAGCUGUAUCUCAUGCGUGCCGACGUUAAGAUCGACGGAUCUACUAUUUUCAUACAUAUAUCCCAAGCUCCUGAAGGGUGGCCGUUCACGAUUGAGAAUGAUAGCGAUCAUUCGUUUACUUUCUGUCAAACGGAUCAGACUCGGUACAACUCAGUAGCGGAGCCUACGACCCGACCGACGCCAACAUACUCUGUGUCCGCGAAAUCUAGUAUAGGUUAUGCAUGGGAUUACCCUGCAUGCAGAGAGAAAAAAUUGGUACUCAUCACCAACGGUUCGCGGCGUGCAAUCGACAUCAUGGAAAUUGGUGAUCUCGUUCCAUUCAGAUUCUCGGGAGGUCAAGGUAUCCGUACCGUUUCGCUGGAUGUUCGUGCGGAUGCACAUAAGCAGAUCUUGCGGAUCUCCAACUAUGACGCAGAGCACAGCCUUUACAGGCCGAAGCGUGGCAGUACUGUCUCACUUGCGCGACAAGACACGAUUAGCAGCAGUCAAGAUGCAUUCGAAGCUGUGCAAGAGGAGGUGCCUCCAUCUCUCACGUUGUCUCUUGAUUUUGCAGGCAUCGGCGUCUCCCUGAUCAACCGGAGGAUGACGGAGGUCGUCUAUCUGUCACUGAACGCUCUGACUUUCGUCUACACGGACAGCGAUGUUUCCCAGUCUGUGAAUUUAUGCUGCGGAAACUUCCAGUUAGACAACCAGCUGCAUGACGCUCUCUUCCCUGUCGUCGUUCAACCCACGCCAGUAUCGAAGGAGGCAAACAGUGGUGCGUCCAGUGUUGCGUCUCUUCCGACGGUUCAAGGUAGUACGAUCUGGCUCAAAGAUCAAGAGCAUGGGGUUUUCUUUGUCAAGUACUGUUCCAUACUCCUGCAGGCUCUCACAAUUGAGGCGGAUGAAGACUUCCUGUUUUCUGUAUUUGAUUUGACGAAGAUCAAGGGGGCCUCUUGGGACGAAGAUCAAGAGGACAUCCUAAUCCAAUAUCCCGACGAGAUUCCGGAACCACGAAGUAUCACUGCCGGUGAAGACUUGUACUUCGAGGUACUGGAACUGCAGCCGAUCAGACUCUCUAUCUCCUUCAUGCGCACCGAGAGAGUCAAUGGCGACGAGAAGGUCAGCAUCCGGAAUCCGUUCGCGGUUGUUGUCAACGCAAUCACUAUGGCGCUGGGAAACGUCAAUGAUGCACCACUCGAGAUGAAUGCACUGGCCAUCAAGGAUAUGCGUCUAACCUAUCCUGACCUCCACGGGCGCAUCAUGCAUCAUUAUUCUCAAGAAGUGCUACGACAGUUAUAUCGCAUUCUCGGCUCCGCUGAUUUCAUCGGUAACCCUGUCGGACUCUUCACUAACGUCAGUUCGGGGGUUGCAGACAUAUUCUAUGAACCUUUCAAUGGCGUUGUUAUGCAUGGAAACUCCGAGCUUGGUAUUGGCAUCGCUAAGGGAGCUGCGAGCUUCGUGAAGAAGACGGUAUUUGGUUUCUCUGAUAGCGUGACCAAAUUCACAAGCAGCGUCGGGAAAGGUCUUUCUGUAACAACGUUUGAUUCGGAAUACCAGCUGCGGCGACGAAUGAACCAAAGACGCAAUCGACCUCGUCAUGCCAUAUAUGGAGUCACCGCGGGAGCUGAAGCAUUUGCCAGUAGCUUCGUCAGCGGCAUGGAGGGCGUCGUGAUGAAACCAAUCGAAGGUGCAGAAUCCGAAGGAGCGAAGGGCUUUUUCAAAGGUGUUGGAAAAGGUCUGAUUGGUGCUGUGACGAAGCCUGUUGUCGGUGUGCUCGAUCUCGCUUCCAAUCUGAGUGAAGGUAUUCGGAACACCACCACCGUAUUUGAUAACCCUGCACGGGAUCGCGUUAGAUUUCCUCGUCUUAUUCCUGCUGAUGGAGUGCUCGUGCCUUAUUCUGAACGUGAAGCAUUAGGUCAAUAUUGGAUGAAAGACCUGGACAACGGUGCAUACCGUGAGGAGUUGUAUGUCGCACAUAUCAAUCUUCCUGGAGGGGAUAAUGUUGUGCUGCUGACUGCGUCAAGAGUGCUAUCGUUUUGGUCAAAGACGCUGCGUCUGGACUGGGAGCUACAAUUCACGCUCGUUCAAGGUGUCACAAUUGAGGAUACUGGGCUCAGAUUCGCACACAAGGCGGGCAAGGAGCAAGACAAGUUUGUAUUCAUACCCGACAAAACUUCGCAGGCGUGGUUCUUCGGCCAAGUCGCCUCAGUGGUAAAAUCAUUCAACGCGCGGCGCCGAAUGGACUCUUAG